AUGCAGUGGAACAUAUUUUGUUGUCUCUUUUUGGUGGCUUUUGUUGUGGCGAAUGAAACCAACACCUUAACGGAGGAUUCAAAACCACAAGUGGGAAAAGAUACUGAAGAAGUGCGUGGAGUUGUAAAAAAAGAUUUGAGUACAUUGAGUAUAAAGGAACAAAAACAAGUGGAACAGAUCGCAGACUCGAUUUCUAAAAAAGAAGCGGAAAACUCAAAUGCUGAAACGUCAACGGAAGCAGACAUCGACACCGAAGUGGUGGAAGCGCAAUUUGUUGAAGGUGAGAAUACUACAGAUAAUGUCACCGAUUCCGCACCAAAAUCGCCAGUAUCCUGUGAAAAUGACUCCACAAAACAAAAACAUGAGCAGCGUCGGGAGAACUUAAUUGCCACACCUAAAUUUCAUGGCGGUGGUAAGCCUUAUCUUCAGUUAGUUGUGCCCACACAAUAUCCGUACACUACAAGAGCACCACCACCACACCACUAUCACUCGGGUCAUGAUGGUGGUUAUGAACACGGCGGUUAUCCUAAUUAUGGCGGGAACUCAGGCUAUGGCGGGAACCCAGGCUAUGGUAGUAAUCCUGGGUAUGGUGGAUAUCCUGGGUAUGGUGGUUAUCCUGGGUAUGGUGGUUAUCCUGGUUAUGGCGGCUAUGGUGGCUAUCCCGGUUAUGGCGGUUAUCCCUUAUACGGGGGUUUUCCCUUUUACGGCGGUUAUCCCUUUUACGGCGGAUUUCCCUUCUUUCCUUUUGCUAAUGGCACAUUCCCGUUCUUCGCACGCUUUCGCAAUCUCAAUUUAGAACAACAGAUUGACGCUGAAGACUCAAGGAGCUCGACGACAUCAAAGAAGAAGGAAAAUGUGAAAGAGAAAGAGUCCAUACCAUCAUUCUUUCGUUUAUGGAAUUUUGGUUGA